CAGGAGGGGAGGCAGAGCUAACGGUGGGCACACGGGUGCGAAGCAUAACAAUAACGUUGCCGUUUAACCGUUCACCUUUGGAGCUACCGUAUCCCCUUUAUUUAACGCGCGACGUGAAAACGCGUACACUCUUUCCACCGUAGAAAGAAACAGAAGAAGAAGAGGAGGGGGAGAGGCUGGCUGGCUAACGGACUGAAAGUACCAGAUGCUAUUCCAGCGGAGGAGAUCGGGCUCGAAUAAGCAGGAGACGGUGAUGGGUUCCCGUUUUCCUGACGGUUAGCUAGCUGCCAUUGGACCUUUGUUUAGAAAUACGGAUACCGUGUUGUGAAGCCACAGGAGCUUGGUUCGCCCCUUUCUCUACUGUCGUCAGUGUGACAUUGUGUCUGAAAUGCUAGCGCAGUCGCGGUCUCGGCCGUCGAGCAGCCUUUGGGCCGCAGCUCGGCACACCGAGCCCGAAUCUGGGAAAUAGCUAGCUAGCUACCUGCUAGCCGCAGCUGUACCCGAUGCUGCUGCUGCUGCGGCUGCUGUUGCUGCUGCUAAACGGAUCAAGGAGACAACACAAGGGCCCUGUUGCUGAGUGAGCUUUUGUUUUACGGUGCUGGACUACAACGAGCUUUUGAGAUGUGAUGCCUUUGUGUGUCGUGUUUGAGCAUUUUGUAGCUAGAGGCUCUCGCUGGAGAAGCUAACGUUGCUGCAAAAUGAACAGCAGAACCACAACAGCGGGGUCCUGCUGAAGGGGGCGAGGUUAGACUGAUAACAGCCCACCUUGUUGUGUCUCUAAACACCCCGGGAUUACAUUUGAACAACGACCACCACCUUUUCUACCCGUCAUUCCCCUCUCCAUCAGCUGGCAGUAUGGAUAAACUAACGAUCAUUUCAGGAUGUCUGUUUCUGGCAGCAGAUAUCUUUGCAAUAGCCAGCAUUGCAAACCCAGACUGGAUCAACACUGGUGAAUCAGCAGGUGCACUUACGGUCGGUCUAGUCCGGCAAUGCCAGACCAUCCAUGGACGAGACCGGACCUGUAUUCCUCCACGGCUGCCUCCUGAGUGGGUCACCACACUUUUCUUCAUCAUCAUGGGCAUUAUCUCCCUCACAGUCACCUGCGGACUGCUGGUGGCGUCACAUUGGCGCCGAGAAGCCACCAAAUACGCCCGCUGGAUCGCCUUUACCGGCAUGAUCCUGUUCUGCAUGGCGGCGCUCAUCUUCCCCAUAGGCUUCUAUAUCAACGAGGUGGGAGGCCAGCCGUACAAGCUGCCCAACAACACAGUGGUCGGCUCCUCGUAUGUGCUCUUCGUCCUCUCCAUCUUCUUCACCAUAGUGGGACUUCUGUUUGCAGGCAAAGUUUGCCUCCCGGGCUGAGGACUGGACCGUGCUCGCCUCUGGACUGCCGCAGGAGGCUCUGAAAGUUUAAUGGGAUUUACAAAAAAAAUAACACACAAUGACUGAAAAAUCAAAGACAACAAACUCUGCCUGGAAAGCCAAACAGGGAUGUCUUGGAUUAUGUGUCAAGGGACCGCAGCACCUCGGAAGACCUAAAUGAAAAGAACAAACACUAAAGUCAGGGUGUGGGCACAGAGCGGCGGAGGGGAGGGGCAGCCGAGGUCACUGCUGCAUCCUGCCUCUGUUGAUUUAAAAUAUGGCCGUGUCUCUGUCGUUGAUCUGUCGGAAAAGGGUGCUUUAUGUGCCGCUGUCAUGGCAACUGCAGUCACAAUGCUGGCACACAUUUCUUGAGGACCACUACCGCCACUCCUCGACUUGACCCCCUGCCCGCCCGCCCUCAGCACACAUCUGCGCCGUCACAGCCGCUCCUGUUGCUAUUUUUGGCUCCUCUUUGCUAUUUCAGUUGUGUGUUUUUCUGUUGUUGUACAUUUUGUGUUCUUUAUUUUGUUUUCCUUUGUCCCUCCGCCCCCUGCUGCCUUUCCACUGAAGUAGCUCACUGAGGUUCACUGAGCUGGGUCCUUAAAGGGGAACUCGGGGGAGGGGGUUCUGCCGGCUUGGCUUUAGAGCAGGUUUUUUUUUUUCUUUCUCUCGCCUGUCACUUCAUAAGGCUCCAGGUGUGGGUUCUGAGGAGAGCAGCUGUGGGAGCAGCUGUGUGGGCUGCUGUGGACCACAGGAAGGUGCAGCAGGUGUGCUGCAUCUUAAUCUCCAACCCGCUGCAGCUUUGGAGCAGGUAGCAGCGGUGGAGAGGAGGGCUCCCUGUGCAGCUGAACAGGAGGAACCAUAAAGGAGAAUGCCACUCAAUGUAAAGCCCAGUUCAGACCAAAGAUUCUCAGCACAACAAGAGUGUUUUAGAGCGACACUAAUGGCAGUCGCAGCUGUCUGAACUGAGUUUUCGCAGCUUGAAUCAGGCAGUCUGAUUUCGACUUGAUUCUGUUCAUCAAUUGCAGACAGAUUGUUCCAAGCAGAUAAAUGGGAAAUGGAAAUCUUGUCUUGAUAGGCUAUGAACACCAAUAAAUAUUUGCUCAAAGUGGAAUAUUCAUAUUUACACAGUGAAUUUUUGAAAAAGAUAUCUUUCUUUUUUAACUUUUCCCAGAAAAUCUUAAGCCCUUAAAAACUCCUGUCUCCAUUAUCUGCACACGAAAGCAGGAUAUGUGGUAUUAUAUGAGAUAAUACAUGAGAAACUCAAGAAUGUAGGAGCUAAAUUUGUCUAAUUAUUCCCAGCAGAUAUUUUUGUUAUAACUAGGGAUGCUAAUUUUUAAUCAUUUAGGCCCAUAAUCCCAGUCAAACACUCCAUCUAAACCAGUGGUUUUAACUGGUGUGAAAACCACAAUGUGAAAUCGUGACCCAAAUGCCCAAAAUCAAUCCAUAAAUGAUUUUUCAACCACCAAAACAGGACAUGCAUGCAAACCUGUUAUUUCACCCUAUUUAUUUGCAAAAAUGUAGAUUUGGUUGUCUUUAUGCCCAGUUAAGCUUACAUCAUGGUUAUGUUUAUAUUUUCUAACAACUCCCUCAAUAUUCAGUGAUAUUUUCUCAGAAAACUCGAUUAAGUUCCACCUUUUCCCACGAAAUGAAUCUUCUUCCUUUGGUUUUGCUACUCUGUUAAACUGUUGGCCACAUUGCUCAACACUGCCCCUACCAUAGAUGGUGGUAUUACAACAUUUGUCCUUAUCCGUAAGCUUUGAAAGAACGAACUAAAAAUGAAUGCAGAGUAUGGACAGAAAGGUCCGUCUGUAACCAAAUACAUUUCAAACAGAGAACAUGAAUGAGCCUGAAGAAGUAGCAGUGGAUCAGGAGCGCGUCAGAUUGAUUUAGUCAUUGAUGGUUUGCCUUUUGGCCAUCUCUGGCAAUCUUUGCUGUUUUCAGAAGUCUGCUGACUCAGCAAUCCUUUGGCAUUGAGCCUUCAGCUUGGCGCUGAUGCUAGUGGUUACUGCUGCUUCGUAUUCUGUUGAUAGUCCAUCGUUAAGGUUGAGAGAGCGGGUCACAUGUUGUGACGCCACCUACUGUUUCAGAAUGUCUAAUCUCCUGUGGAAAGAAACUACAACCAUUAUUUAUUAGUGUAUUUUAUCAAUUAAUAUUUUAUUAUCAGAAUAAUAAAAUAUUUGCAAUAUCGGACAGUUAUUUAUCAGUACCAGUAAUUAUUGUGCAUCCCUACUUUUAAUAGUGUAAAAUAGAAUACAUAGAAACUUGUCAGCCUAGAAUUUACAUACAUCAGAGAUACUGUCUGGCACAGUUUAUUUUUUAAAGGUGAAUUUGCCACUAGAAAUACCCCACCUAACAGUUGAGAGCCACUGACCUAAACUGUAAUGCAGUCACCUGCCACAAGUAGGCACUGUAGUUUUUCCCAGUGACUACUGCACAGCCACAAUGCUCUUUAUUCUGAUAUUUACAAUCGCUAACUGCUUUAGCACCAAUAGCAUCUUGAAAGAACAGCACAGUUUAGCUCUACAAUGAUCUAGAAAAUGGGGAUAAAGUUGUCCAGAGGCUGUGUCAGGUUAUACUCACACAUGUAACCUAAACAUUAAAUGAUGACAUUCAGCUCAGGAUUGUGGACGUUAAGCUGCAAAGACGAUCAAAGACUGACAGUGCUAGCAUUGCUAACUUUAACCUAUUCUACAAGCCAACUUCAAGAUGCUACAGUGUGAUGUUUUACCUUUAUAGUAUGAAGUUGGCUUUGGACUAGUCAGGUUAAAGCAGUUAUGUUUAGCUUGUAAUCAGAGGUGAAAUUACACACUUAGAGCAUCACUAGUUAUAACAAAACUGAGCUAGCAAAGCUUUUAUGUGUUUAGAUGUGCCAUGAAAUUGCACUGCCACCUUACAAAAUUGAUGACCACGGAGAUUUUGUGAUGAAACUUAUAUAGAAAUGAUAAACAUUAUGACAAAAACAUGAAAAAACGGUGACUGUGCAGUUCUGACCCUCUUGUAGAGACAGAUUUCACAGAUUAUCGCAGAGCAACCUGUCAGUAGAAGCUGUAAGUUUCAACCCGUCUCGUUAAUUUUUGGUCUGAACUGGGCUUAAAACUUUGCAUUAUGUUGAAGUUAGCGAGUGUAGACAGCUUUUUGCUAAGAUAAAGCCAUGACACUGAUACACAUCAUUUGCCAAUAACUAGAAAACUGUGAAUUUAGAAAAUAACCAUCUGAUCAUACACGCUCCUCUUGUAUUUGUAGUAAUGCUCUCUAAGUAUAACCACAGGAAGAGAGGCCUUUUCAUGGUAUUUUCAGACUUCACUGUGGUGUUACAUCUCAGUCAGUAUCUCUAAUAAUAGCAGACAGUAUUAAAUUUUCUACACAGAAACUGCUGUUACCUAAGGAGUGAAAAAAACAUUUGUGAAUGCUGAAUAUUGGUGGUAUUCUCCUUUAAUGUUGGACAGAAAAGAAAAGAGCCAGGAGUAAUUUUUGUCUUGUUUUGUCGGAACAGUAAAGGCAUCAGGACUGCAGGUCCAGUCCUUGAUGGGGCUGUGCCUCAGUGUGCUGCCACUGAGGCCCAUGAUUGUAAAACACACCCAGAAUCACACACUGUACUGUAAAAAUCCCCUUAUUAGGGCUAGAUCUUACCACUGUCUUCAUUUUAGCUACUUAUGUUUGCUAUAAGGCAUACAUGGGUAUUUAUAUUUAUAUUGGAUACUUACAUUCUCAAGCAGUGGUUCCCAACCUUUUUUCCUUAGGGCUCCCCUACUUAUACCUAACAAAAGCUAAGCCCAACCCAGAACCCACUUGGAAAAAGUAAACAUCAAUUUUAAUUUUUUUCAUCAACAAAUUCACAACAUGAUAGAGCUACAUGCACUUUUUCUUGACAAAAAAUCUAUGUAUAAUCUGUCCAUUAUUACGAUGGCGUAUUAGGGCCACCCUAGAAAAAUAAUAAUAAAAAGGAUCUGUUAAUUUUCAAGAAAAAACUCAAAAUUCUCAAGUUAGAAAAGUUGUUAAUCACAAGGAAAAAAAAAGAUUUUUUUACUUUAAUAGCUGUAAAUGCAUGUGAACCAAAACGUAGAAUUUUGAGAUUCCAGCCACUGUUUUCAGUUUAAUUUCUUGCAUUUUUUUACUUUAGGUGUUGUAAAUUUACGAUUUUAAAAAGCUUGACAUUUUUGAGGUUCUAGUGUCAAAAUGUAAGACUUACUAAACUUGAAAAUUGUAUGUUUUUCUUGUUAAUUUCCUACUUUAAUCUCAGAAAUUCUGGGUUUGAUUUCUUGUAAGUAUAAGAGCUUUAUAAUUUCUUUUUUCUCUACAAUGUUGACUGAAAAAAACAUUCUCUUUAUUUUUCAUCUUUUAGGUUGGCCCUAAUACAUUAUGUUUCUUAUCAUGGUUUAAAAAUAUCUAUAUCUAUAUCUAUAUCCACACACACACACAUAUAUAUAUAUAUAUAUAUGUACAUCUAGUUUUGACAUCAGAGCAGACAGGGUCCCGCACCCUCCCCUGAGAUCUUAGGUGCCCCCUCUAGGGGGCCCGGACCCUAGGUUGGGAACCAUUGUUCUAAAGCAUAUGACGUAUCCCAGAAUUGAUACUAGCUCUUAUUUGUGGUUUAUCUGCAGAUAUGAAGAGUUUCUUUGAAACUGAUCAAAAAUCAGAUUUCUUAUUGACAUUAGAAAAAGUUGAGUGAUUAUCUCCAUUUCUACACAAAUAUUUUAAAGUCCACGUAUUUACAGCCACUACUUAACUUUGAAUUGUCAAAGACAAGUUCAAAAGCCCAGAGAUUUACUCCAAACGUCUUCUACCACUUUUUGAAGUGUGUGUUUUUAUGUGUCAGGUCAAUCACGGAGCUCAGUGGUUCAGUCUUGGAGUUUUGUUUCGUAUUUCUGUUUCCUGCUCGGUUUUUCUUACUCUCAGCCUGGUGAUGUAAACUGCUAACUAUCCACUCUGCAGUGCCCUGUCUGGUUGGUUGAGUAUUGUGCCAUGACCUGUUUUUGUUUAAUAAUGUACAGACACAAAAGGCAGGAUCUCUGUAUUAGAAAGCACUGUGCAUUCAACAGUAUAGGUAACAGAAAUAGAAGCACCACAAAUGUAUAAAAAAGAGAACUUCUUACCUCAUUGUUUUUUGUUUCUGCUAUUAUUUUCUAAUGGUGGCAACGUGUGCCCUCUAAUUUGUCUCUUGCCUUGAUCGGAUGUCUUCACAUAAAGCCUAUGAUCAUAGGAAAUUAUUUAUCACUGAAUAAAACGAGAAAAAGUGGGUGUGUGACUCUGACACUGUCUGAAUGCUUUAUUUUGUUGUU